UAGUCAGACGGGCCUUUACGUUUCAAGUAAUACAGUUGCGUCCCUCUUGACUCUCUGUCUCUUUCCGUCUUUCGUGUUGGCGUGAUUGCUUCUUCGAUGAAAACGAGCCGAGAUCUACGUGUUCGGUAAGUUCGCGACGCGAUCGGAGCGAUGCGUAGUCUCGUACGUGUCGUGCUCGCUUGUGGUUUAUUCGCGUAGCUUUAGAGCAACGCGAGCAACGUGAUCGGUGGUUCGUCGACGUGAUGACGUCAGAUCUCGAAGCAUAAGCCGAGAACGCGUUUAAAGCCGAGUAGGGCGUGAAAGCGUGUGCGUUCUUUCGUCUCGGCUGGAAGUAUGUGCAAAUAGCACCGCGUGCGUCCGUUUCAUCCGCGGGAUAAUUAUGUUCGGUGCUGUUUCGACGUGAUCGACAGUGAAUAGUGUACCAUGUUUCGCUGCAUUCCGAUUUUUAAGGGAUGUAACAGGCAGGUGGAAUACGUUGACAAGCGUCAUUGCUCUCUGCCGUGCGUCCCUGACGAUAUCUUACGCUACUCCCGGAGCUUAGAGGAGCUGCUGCUGGACGCGAAUCACAUCCGCGAUUUGCCAAAAAAUUUCUUCAGACUUCAGAGACUACGAAAGCUUGGCCUCAGCGACAAUGAAAUAAAUCGUUUGCCGCCGGACAUCCAGAAUUUCGAGAAUCUCGUGGAACUGGAUGUGUCCAGAAAUGAUAUACCGGACAUUCCUGAGAACAUCAAGAACUUACGGGCGCUACAGGUGGCAGACUUCAGUAGUAAUCCUAUUCCAAGGCUUCCAGCAGGAUUCGUACAGCUAAGAAAUUUAACUGUGCUUGGACUUAAUGACAUGUCCCUCACGAACUUGCCACCUGAUUUUGGAAGCUUGGAAGCAUUGCAGUCACUGGAAUUAAGAGAAAAUUUGCUCAAAUCCUUGCCUGAGUCGCUCUCUCAGCUCUUUAAACUCGAGCGGCUGGAUCUUGGUGAUAAUGAAAUUGAGGAAUUGCCUGCACAUAUAGGAAAGUUACCAGCUCUGCAAGAGUUGUGGCUCGAUCACAAUCAAUUACAACACUUACCGCCUGAAAUUGGUGAACUGAAGACGCUGGCGUGCUUAGACGUUUCGGAAAAUCGCCUAGAAGAUCUCCCCGAUGAAAUUGGCGGACUCGAGUCGUUGACGGAUCUGCACUUGUCGCAGAACGUCAUCGAGAAGUUACCUGACGGACUCGGCGAACUCAAAAAGUUAACUAUUCUCAAAGUAGAUCAAAAUAGACUUUCUACUCUAAACCCGAAUAUAGGAAGGUGCGAGAAUUUACAAGAGCUGAUUCUUACAGAGAAUUUUCUUUUAGAGCUACCAAUAUCUAUAGGCAAACUUCACAAUUUAAAUAAUUUGAAUGUUGAUAGAAAUAGCGUGCAAUCUCUACCAAUAGAAAUCGGAAAUCUGAAGAAGUUGGGCGUACUGUCUUUAAGAGACAAUAAAUUACAAUAUCUUCCGACUGAAGUGGGACAAUGUAGCGCACUUCAUGUUUUAGACGUAUCUGGUAACAGGUUACACUAUUUACCAUAUUCCUUAAUUACCUUGAGCUUGAAAGCAGUAUGGUUAAGUGAAAAUCAGGCGCAACCAAUGUUAACGUUCCAAACGGACGUUGAUGAGGAAACGGGACAAGAAGUGCUAACAUGUUUUCUUUUACCACAAUUGGAAUUCCAUCCUGAUGAUUCAGGUAGGCUAGGAAUGCUGGUUGGUAUGAGAAAUGUUCAUGGUGAAACGCGCGAGUUGAGCGAUGACGAAGGUUGGCAAGAAAGAGAAGCAUCAAGGACACAUUCAGUGAAAUUUACUGAUGAGCCACCAGAAGCUGAUAAAGAGACGCCAUUUGUACGCCAAAACACACCACAUCCAAAAGAAUUGAAAGCUAAGGCACAUAAGUUAUUCAGCAAAGGAAAAAGUGAAAGCCGGUCGGCAUCUACGGAUGAUCAGGAUGUUUCUCAAACAUUUGGACUAGAUAAAACUGAAUCGGAAAUACCAAUCAAUUCUGCAGACAUGCCACAGUCUGUUUCUGAGCAAGAGGGACCCGUGGAAUAUAGUACUGUACAAAAUGACCAUAAAGUACCCAUAUCAGAAUCAGAAAAUACUGGUGCUCAGUUUAAUAAAGAGGCAGACACUCCGCACAUUCAGAAUGCUACAGAAUUUAACGCAAAUGCAAGAACUGAAAAUUCUGUCUUAGAAUCAAAAGAUCAGGACGAAGAAGAGUCUGAGAAUGAAGAUAUGCAAAGACACGUAGAGUUCAGUAUUGUAGAAGAUUCAAAUUAUGAUGAAACUUGUGAUUCUAAUAAGCCCAAUAAACUGCAGCGUAGAGACACUCCACAUCACCUAAAAAACAAACGCAUUCAAGCAGUUGACAAAGAGAAAGUAGCUUCCAUUAUCGCACAGGCAUUGAAAAAAGUUGACGCUGAGUCUUCUAUACCUGCACCAAUACAAGUAGAAUCCACGGAAACAUUUGAUACACAUAGUCAAGAUGCAACAUCUGACAUUGAGCCAACGUUGGAAAUACGAGAGGAGCAAUAUGAAAUUCAUAUAGAAAGAACGACAGGUGGUUUAGGUUUGUCAAUUGCUGGUGGUAAAGGAUCGACACCUUUCAAAGGUGAAGAUGAGGGAAUAUUUAUUUCAAAAGUUACCGAAGGUGGGCCUGCAGAUCUGGCUGGUUUAAGGAUAGGGGAUAAAGUAAUAUCCGUAAAUGGAGUAUCGGUAGUAAAUGUAGAUCAUUACGAUGCCGUGGAAGUAUUGAAAGCGUGUGGACGUGUUCUUGUGUUAGUUAUCAUAAGGGAAGUAACAAGGAUAGUUCCACCAUAUGAGGAGACGCCAAUAAGAAAAGAUUCUGUAUCUUCUAGUUUGAGUACAAGUAGAGCACCAAGUGCAACAUCAUACGUUUCGUCCACAGCAUUAUCGCAUACUUUAGAAAAUGGUGAUACAUCUACGUCUCAUGAAAUUGCGAAGACGAGAAAGAUCCCCGAACCUUUAGCAACUAUAAAAACGAACAGUGAACCUAUGGUACCUGUUCUUGUUCAUACAACAUUAAUACGAGAUCAAAAUGGGCUCGGAUUCAGUAUUUCUGGCGGAGAAGGCACAUCUAAGAAUAAUAGCGAUACAAUAACCAUCUCUAGAAUAACAGAUGGCGGAGUUGCCCAAAAAGAUGGCAAGCUAUUAGUUGGAGACAAAGUGAUAUCCAUUAAUGGAGUAGAAAUGAGAGGAGCAAAACACGAGCAAGCAGUGGCUUUACUUACCGGCUUGGAAAGAUUUGUUCGAUUGGUAGUCGAACGGGAAAUACCGCUUUCUCAAGCGAAUCCUGCCAAUGUCGUAACUCCUUCCGAAAAAUCGCCACGUGUUAUAGGUGCACCCAAACCUUAUACAGGGCUGUACAAUGCUAACAGCUAUAUGGCAAACAGACCCGGAUACGGUGGAUACCGUCGCUCCAUAGACGCCGAUAAAGCUUUGUCGCCCAGUCCUACAUCAAAGACGCCGCCGCCACCACCGCCGCCGCCAAUGUUACCCGUAAAAUCCGAUGUUAACGACACGCCCAAGAUGAAUGGCGUAACCGAGUCGGGCAGCGCCUUGAAGAAUGUUUCGCCAAUAUCCCCUAACCCGACAAUUAAUCAAGCAUAUCCGCAGCCUGCUCCGCGACAUAGUGUUUCGCAGAUGACACCUCCCGCACCUACGAACAACGUCGGUUCCGCAGGAACGACUCCCGGCGUAGAAUCCUCACAGAGACCAGCGUCUCCGCAGGAAGACAUACAGGUACCGAAGCCAAUCACCAACGAGGAAUUUCAGGCUAUGAUACCCGCUCAUUUCCUUCGACCCCCAACAUCCUCGCCUUCACCAGACUCCCAUCAGGGCCCUAUUGUGACAGUGACGAUAAAGCAGCCCGAUAAUUUGCCUGGAGACGUUAACUUUCCUCCAGCUCCUACCACCCUUGGUAAAGUUACUGAAACCAUCACAAAGAGCACGCUCACCGAGACCGUCGUAACUCGAGUGACCGACAACCAGUUGGUGCAACCACUUAUUAUCGAGGAUGUUGUCCUUGUGAAAGAAGGCUCUUUGGGCUUCAGUAUCAUAGGAGGGACAGAUCAUUCGUGUACUCCAUUCGGUGCGAAGGAACCUGGAAUUUUUAUAUCUCACGUUGUUCCUGGUGGUAUAGCAGCCAAAUCUGGUAAAUUAAGAAUGGGUGAUAGGAUACUAAAGGUAAAUGGUACUGAUGUGACCAAGGCUACUCAUCAAGAAGCGGUAAUGGAACUUCUAAGACCAGGGGAUCAAAUUGUGCUUACCAUUCAACAUGAUCCGCUUCCAGAGUGUUAUCAGCUGGUCGAAAUAGAGUACAUCCCUGUGACAGAAUUAGUAAUAAUAAAGGAAGCAGGAGAAAAGCUUGGUAUGCACAUUAAAGGAGGACUCAGAGGGCAGAAAGGCAAUCCUCUCGAUCACACCGAUGAGGGUGUUUUUAUAUCGAAAAUUAAUACUGGUGGUGCAGCCAAGAGAGACGGGCGAUUAAGGGUUGGUAUGAGGCUACUAGAGGUCAAUGGCACAUCGUUACUAGGUGCAACUCAUCAAGAAGCCGUAAACAUUCUUCGGUGCUCGGGAAAUACGAUCACAUUAGUUGUAUGUAAAGGUUACGAUAAAAGCGAAGUUGAACCGAUAUUACCGUUAUCCGACGGUAGAGAUUCUAAAGAAGCUAAAGUGCCCCACGAGUUAAGAGAUCCAGCCGCGGAUGGCAAUAAAUCUCUGUCGCAAAGUGUAUCUAGUUUAGACCGUGACGACGAGGAAGCUGCAACACUCAGGCAGGAACAAGAAAUGAAGGCUGAACUUGUUGCUUGGGAGCAAGAAGAACGAGAACGUGCAUUAGUAGAACAAAGAGAAAAAUCCACGCCUGAGAAAGUAUUAGAUGUCGUACGAGCAGCAGAAUCAUUAGUAAGCAAAUCGAACAGUCCUGUCGACAUGGUACCGCCAAAAUCACCUGGGGGUACCAAAGAUCUCAAAACUACCACUAUCGUUAUGAGCAAACACACGUUAGCACCUCAGAAUCCUAAUUCAAGAACGAAUAAGACAGCUGGAACGUCUAAGGACUUUUCUUCGUCAAAGUCAUCCACGCUACCUACUCCUGCUAAAGCAGCGAGUUUCGAACGCUCUACCUCUAUGCAAACCUUACCUUCUCCGACGAAGAAAAAGUCUUUGUCGAAACGCAGUAUCACGUUUGCCGACCUGCCGCCGUCUUUAAAAGAGAGCUCGAACUGCAUUGCUUAUCCGUCCCGUGUUGAAUCUGCGUCGCCUACGAUCGAGCGGCAAAUUCAGUCGUUGCAGGAUACAUUUAUUACUUCCCCUCCGCGAGUUGCGUCCUACGAAAAACCUGCACACGCACGUUUCCGACUUCCUCCGACGCCUUUAACUGCUCCCGAAUGCAGUGGAAAUCUUGAUACUUCGGCUUCCUUUAGCAAACGACAGAUAGCACGUUCUGUUGAUGGCAAGUUUCAGGUUGAGCAAUCUCCAGCUUCAUCUCCAACACCACCACUGACAAAAAUGUCAGUCAGUGAUAAGAAGAAGUUGUUCGAAAGUGCUAUGGAAGAACAUUUAAAGCCGUCCCCUAAACCAGAUAAAAUAUUCACCUUUUUAAGUCAAGACGAGGUAGAGAAAAUGAAACAAGAGGAAGAAAAGAAGAUCGCAACUUUGACGCGAGAUGAACUCAAGUCAUGGGCACAGCUUGACGAAAACGAAGGUCUCGAAGAUUUGGACACAAUGGAUGAUCAGGAUAAUGGCCGACCUAAUAGCCGACUGAGCUCGCGAACUUCGAUCCCUCUUGUCCAGAAUGUUCCCAGCAGUGUGAGGACGGCGAAAGCGGAACGUCGUUUGAAAGAACGAUUAAUACAAGAGGGCCUUAUCUCGGACGAAGACGAGGAGCACCUUUUGAGUCCGGCGGAACAGCGAGCACUUAGAGCGGAGAAGCGCGCCGCUUGGCGACAAGCACGUCUUAAAUCUCUCGAGCAGGAUGCGCUUCAGGCACAAAUGGUGAUCAAAAAGAUGAGUGAAAUAAUGGACACUAAUAAGCACGAAGAUAGGCGUGAUGCGACCGAUGCGAUCGAUACCACGGCUGAUUUUACUCACGAACAAGAGAAACCGGUCGAAUUCGCUACGUUACGGCCGUCUAGCGCGGAUUUUCCUAAGCUCGCUGUGCGCAGUAAAGUGGGUCCCCCUAAAGAGAUACGCGAAUCCGAGAAAGUAGUGGACGAGAAGGUCACUCGGCGUACCGAGGAAUAUCUAGAUGAGGUGACGGGCGAACGUCGUGUACGAACCGUUGAAUACGUCGAGAAGCUCAUUGAGCGUCAGGUGGAGACUUUGAGGGAGAAAAUUAUAUCCCUGGAACUUAGCAACGCGGAGGACGACGUGGAAAGUAUAACCGGCACCGGUGUGAGUGAUGCCGAGAGCGAGAGCGAAGAUAUUGCGGGACACAACGCGACUGUGAGCGGUGUAGAAGAGAAAACAGAUUCUCACAGCACGGCCGACGCGACCGAAGUGGCUUCUGCCAAGGUAAAUGCGAAUAUCACGGUUGCAUCUACGAAGAAAAAGAAACGGAAGCGAUCGAAGAAAGGUCGCCAUUGACAACAGAUGCGCAUUUUAACGAGUAGAUGUAAAGCAUUGAUGUUAAAUAUAUUCGGUAAGAAUCGGCGGAGCUUUUACUACUUUAAUAUCUGGCAAUUACACGAAUCGAUCGUGUAUCGUUCUACUUAGGUAUGCACACAUACACACAUACAUGCAUACAUACACGUAUAGAAAUAAAAUCGUUCAUUUAUAUAAAUAUACAUACACACAUAUGUGUAUAUUUGAGAAUACAAGAAUUGAACGUUUCGAAUAUAUCGGUACGCAUUAUCGUGAUGUAACGACGUACCUGCGUUUUCUUUUUCCUUUUUUUAUAUAUAUAUAAUAUACACAAGUAGCACAUCCUUGAUUCUAUAUAAACUCUACGCGGACGUAUUAUAUAUUUAAUGAAAAAAUAAGAGACAUUUGUAAUAAGACUUUUUGAUCCUUCGGAUACGUUCGGAUACGUUCAACAUCUUUAGAAUUGUGUGUAGCUCUACCAUUUGUAUUAUAUCCUGCAUACAUAUAUGUAUGCAUCGAAUGCAGUUCUAUGAAUCCGAUGUAUGUAAUGAAUUUUAAUGUUAAAUUUUUAAUGUUUAACAUCGUGUUACUGCAUUUCUUCGUACAUCAUUGUCAAUUAUGUUGUUGGAUCGCGUCUUCACUCGGAAUUUUACUAACUUUGAAAUUCAUAGAUAUUUGAUAUUUUAUAAAAAAAUAAAACAAAUUUAAAAAAUAAGUAAAUCAUUAAUAUUUGUGUAAAAAAAUAAUAGCAGGACACGAUAGAUUUAAAUUGCGAGGCGGAUCUUUGAGAAGGUCGCUUACUCUUGAUUCCAAUAUCUUUAUUUUUGGGUAAAUAAUAGCAAAAUAUAGGGCAUCUCCAAGGAUCUAUAUAUUUGUAAUAUUUUGCCAUAUCAUUUUUACACAGUAGCUAGGUAUCUACACACAACAGAAAUAUUAAUGAAGAAAAAGAUGUUAAAGUUAAUAUACCAACGAGGAAUCGUUGAACGUGAUUGCAUUUCUUAUACGCAUGGUGAUCAUGCACUUCCGUUUUUCCGUCUGAAAAUAUAUUUAUAGUAAUUUUAUUAAAAAAAAAAAGAAUACAUUUUAAGACGUGAUAAGAUUAUAUAGUUACAAUGUUAUAUACAUAAGGCUCUUACAACUACGUUUUAUAUAAUGUGUGCAUUAUAACGUCCAUUCUCUUAUACUGCACUUAUUUAUGUCCAUUGCGACAAAAAAAAAGUAUUUUAAAAUUAUUUCUAUAAUUAUUUUGAUAAUAUCUUGUAAAUUACAUUAUAAAUAAUUAGUGAGCAGUGGCGAUGUUUCAAUUGUACAUCUUAAGUUGGUCGGUGGCCCAUCAUAUUAUUUAUAAGUUAUUUUAUUUAUUUGAUUUUUUAAAUAUACGAUUUACGCGAAGAUAUAUUCUAAUCUGCGCAUUCAUUUGUUUUAUUUGAGUAAAAGCAAAUCUAUAUGAUUCAAGAGUAAAAAGAAUGUCAAGUUUUAAUUUUAAUGCGUAUUAUUAACAUCGAGGAGCCACUAUAAAAUCGAGCAAAUAUAAAUUAUCAUAAUUAUAGUUCGGUGGUUUCGAUGUUUAACCAGAAGGUAUUACAUCUGUGAAUGUAGUAUAUUUAAUAU